CUCAAUAUCAAAAUAAAUUAUUAAAUUGCAUGUGAAAUACCGCAUCUGUUACAAAUUUCAAACGUAGCAAAUUGAAAAUUACUCCCACAACUCCGAAGCGACAUUGCAUGCGAUAGGUAUUCAAUGAAUCAUUAUUAUGUUCAUCAAAUCAAGCAACUUAUAUCAUUUUAAAUUCAACUAAAUCCUAACCCAAUCUAAGCUUUGUGCGACUCAAGUUGUUUGUCUCUGUACUGUACAGUAAAUUUUCGUUUUGUGUAAUAGUUUAGAUGAUAUAGUCACACGAUUCAAUAUAGGUCCUUUUAACUGGCCGACGACGCAAGCAGAUAAAGCGAAUUUUAUUAGCACUUUCACCAUAAUUCCCUGGUUCGUACACUUUAUACGAAUGGCAUAAAUUACGAUAACAAUAAACAAACAAACAUAACAGUGGAAUAGAUAAUAACACUUGAUAUUCAUCAACGGCUCUUUUUUGUGGAAAAAAAUGUGUGAAUGAAUUAUACAAGCUGGGAUGGUAUAAAGAACAUCACCCGCAAUCAACGCAUCUUAUACACCCAUCCACACACACACACAAACACAUCCAAACAAUAAUAUAUCUAAAUGAAAUCUAACUUGUUGUAGUUGUGCAUUCGGCCCCAAAACUAAAUUGAAAUGAGUGACAGAGAAAUAUACACAGUGUCAACCAGUGACGGAGUGGCAACGGUCACACACGUUUCUAUUCACCGUGAUGAAGAAAAUUCGUUAUCGUCGCGACGACGUAAGACUGUUGUUUAUCAGCGAGAUUUUGCUGAAACGUCCGUAUCGCUAUUUCCAUGUGUUGAAAAAUUAGUUACAAUGUACGCCUCAAUGGUCCAACAGAAGAAGAAGAACGACAUGAAAUGCAACAGCAGCACCGGCAGCAAUAACAACACAUCAUCGUCGGUGGGUCUGGUUAAAACAAUAAUGGAAAGCAACGAGGAUAAGUGCGACGAUCAUGAUGAUGCACGAUGUGAAGCAGCAAAAAACGAUAAAAGUGCAAUGACUAUUGAAUAUGACGAUGACGUCAAUGUGAUUACUUCGAGACACAAUAAAAUUGCGAUGAUGACUGGUAAUGAUAAUAGUUGUGCUACAACGAACAAGUAUUACAAUUGUAAGCCGACAAGUGAUGGUAGUAAAAAUGUGAAUAAAAAUUGUUUGAAAAUUGAUUGUGAGAGAUACGACAUGAAUUGUAGCCCGAUGAUGUCGGACGAGGGGUGUUCAACGAAUAUCAGUCCAUAUUCGUCAUCCAGCGAGGACGAAGGUAAAUGUGGAAAUAAAUCAAUGCGCUUGAACAUCGAUCGAGACAAGGUGACCCGAUCAGCCAGUUCAGAUUCAGCCGUCGGAUUGGACGAGGAAAACGACGCGGAAACCAUGGCACAAUAUAAAAGCACUCGUCGAGCAACAUUAACCGUCACCGACAUUCCACUGCGAACUGCUUUACUUCCCGUAGCCGAGCCAACCAGUCUCCCCGAAUCUCCGACAAGUGUAACCGUUUCAUUCGAUGCACCAUUGUCUGUGCCAAGUAAAACAUUAUUGGAAGCACGAGUCGUUGAAAUCGCACCCAUUAUUCCGGCAACAGACGACAAUAGAGCAGCUGAACAAAUCAACAGCAGACGCGAAUCGUCUCAAAGCCAUUUAAGCGACACGGGCGAAGAAAAUCGUGUACGCUAUGUGCGUACACCGUCAGUUGUUGUCUCCGACUAUUCGGAUGAUGUAAUGUGUGGCAUAACAUUGGAGGAAAUCGAAUUUUUUCGACGUCAACGACUUCGUCGCGGAUCGAUACAAGAUGUCGAUCGGUAUGAAUCCGAUAUGAGUACGGCAUCGUCGUGUAGUAAUUUGAAUUAUUGUGGUUCGACAAUUAGUGCUAUUGAUGCUAUGGAAAUGUAUCAAUCAAGUGGUUUGGAGACACCGCACCGGAAAUCGUCGGCGUGUUCGACGUGUUCCACAUACAGUGGCGAUGAGGAUGACACAUUCCCGGUCCGGUUGACGGAGGCAUUGAAUACACAGCGGAAAAAGAAGGUAGGUCCGAUUUGAAUGAAUAUUUCAGUUUUAUGACAUUGUCGGGAUGGCAAUUUUGUUUUUUAAAUCUUAAAUGGAAAACGUUUUAUGUUUUAACGAGUUUUAUGCUGCGUACAUGCAUUGUAUAUCUGAUGUGGUGUUGGUUCAGUAUUAUUGUUAUUAUUAUUCAAUUAGCACGUAGUCAGGCCUCUAUUACUAUCACAGAAAAAAAAACAACUUGCGCAAACAUGAAAAAUCGAACAACAAC